AUGGCCGCCGUCAGUCGAGCACAAGCAGAUGAUGAGUCCGGUAAACCACCCAUGCGACUGCCCAUCUCUUCUGGUAACGUUCCUACUACUAUUUCUUCCCAGAGCAACGAGAAUGUUAACAUCACCGGUUGUGACGACGAAGAUCGGAGCAGCGCAGCCGAGGAUCUCACGGUUCAAAUCAUGGUCAGCGAGGAGGAUGGAUAUGCCCUGAAUGAUAUUCGUGAGAGCGCUACUGGCACUAGCACAUAUCUCCAUAGCGUGACCAACGGCACAGAUAAGGGGCACCGUGUAGGACCAGCUACAAAAAAACUUUGUGAUGAUAUUCUCGCAAAAAGCAGACAUCGUGAUGGUUCUAUAUACAGUGAUGUGGAUUUACUUUGGUGGAAGAAAGAGUACCGUAUUGCCGACCGUAACGAGAGCCGGCUCGAGGCGAUGUCAUUGUCGGAUCCCACGGAUUGUGUCGUCCGUGAUGGAACUUGCAUGACUCAUGAUCCUUUUAGCAUGCUGCAAUUUUACUCGGUGGAGUUGGCUGAAAUUCCCGUGGAUGGUGGCUUAGUAGAGCUGUAUGGGUACAUAGCGGUGCGGGAUGAUAUCGAUUCAUUGCUUAAUUAUGUCAUCAAUAUCAGCAGGGAUGAUCCCAUCGUUGUGGAGGAGGGUUCUCUUAUCAACAUGACUGGCCCUAAGCGAGGGAUAGAUAUGGCGGAUAGUGUUCUAAUUGAACAUGACAUGAGGAUCAAGGCAGGUGAAGAAGAAAAAGAUGACAUACAAUUGAUCGAUGGUGCAUCACUCAUAGCCCACGAAGGCAAAUGGGAUCAGCCAUUCACAUUUCGCAUUCCCGGUGAUGGUGGUGCGGUUGACAUAAUUUUAUCAUGUCUUUUAUAUGCAGUUGAGGCGACUGUAGAGGUUCUUAUCUCGGAAGUGCAAAGCAGUUUCAAUUUGUCUGUCGGAUGUUUAAGCAGUGGGUUUAAUGAGGAAAUCCGGCUCUUUGACGGUGCGGUUGCUGAAUCAUGUAGCUUAAAGAGGUCUGUGGUUGCUGUAUUGAAAAAUUCUUCGAUAGAUUUGAAGUUCAAGGUUGCUGCACUGUCAUCCAGUUCUGACCACCAACAUUGUUGUUCUUUCAAGGCUAAAACCCAUGGGCAUGAUAAUCAAGAAAUAAAGAAUGAUUUUGUGAUAAUCUCGGUGAAGUUGACUUGGUCAACGUUGCCUGGUAGCUUUUCUGGCUAA